AUGGCGGGGGUUCGGGAGCGUGAUUCUCUCGAACCUUCGAGAGAGCCUGCUCCACGGGUGCAGCGAAAGAGCUCUCGUGACGGGAGCGAAAGCAACCCGAACCGCAAAGCGAAUCGUUGGUCCUUCUCCGGCAUCGAAGAGGCACUCGAGUUGCCGAGCGCCCGAACGAAUUCCCUGUCAGCACUUGAUGUAGACAACACGAGAGCAGAUUCAAGCCGGAGACGACGUCGUGACGCGACCUCGACAACUUCCUCCAGUUCUACGGCAAGGUCGCGCAGCCGCACCCCGGAACGGUUCGCUUGUCGACAGCUGGCGUAUCGUGCACCCCCUGGAGUCGAGACAUUGGCGUACCAUAGCUAUGGGCUAUUCCUUGGAAAGCUCGAAACGCUGCGUUUAGGUGUGCGUAGCUUCUUUCGAAAAACGGUUCCACGCUUUCUGAGUGCUUGCUGGUGUCUGCUGCAGUUGCUUCUGCUCCGUGCCAGGUUCAAUCCGACAGCAUUCGUCAAAAUGGAGCAGCUUCUGGGCGGGUCCUGCUGGAUUCGACGCCCAAGGAGUCGAGAUGGCUCUGCUUCGCAACCAUUAGAUGCGAAAGCGAAUGACAAACGUGCUUCAAAACAGGUGAAAAUGGGCCGUGAUGCCGAGCGCAGCCGCUCUGCCCAGAACUCGACCGAGCCGCAGGCGAAGGGGUUCUCUUCUCGAUUGGCUGCAGCUGGCGACCGCUUUCUUUCCUAUAUCGCUGCAUUUGGAUUGCUUGGCAUUUCGCCAUCAUCGAUCUUGGGUGGCAUCCGCAAGCGCCUCGUUCAGUAUCACAGUAUGUUCUCGUGGGAGGGCGUCGUCGGCCGAGCAUCACGCUGCGCAGCCGCGCGAGGCCGGACGACGCUCUACUGGUGUCGCGACACGGUGUUGCGACCCGGCUCAAAGCCAGUGCUACUAGGUCUGGCGUCGGCGCAAGUACUCGGUGCGGUCUCAUGUGAUAUUGCCGAAUGGGUAGCGCGAAUAGUUCUGGAAACGUUUGCGCGAUGCUUUACUCGAGUUCGCGUCGAUAGCACCACCCUGAUCGACAGUAUCCAGUUUGGCGGCUUGUUGCCGCGCUUCGCUCGAGUGUCGUGCGGCCCGUUUCUUGCGUACGCCUCGACGCCGACGGAACGGAAGAUUCUUGUGCUCGAUCUGGACGAGACUCUGGUUCACAGCAGCUUCAAAGAACGCAAUGGCUGUGACAUCACCGUCGAGGUUGAGGUCGAUGAUGUUCCGACGGUAUUCUUCGUUCGAAAACGACCGCAUUUGGAGCUAUUCAUUCGAGUCGCUCGCCAGUGGUACGAUCUGGUCAUCUUUACUGCUAGCCUGCGCCGUUACGCAGACCCCCUGGUAGACGCACUCGAUCCAACGCGCACGCUCUUCAGAGCGCGAUACUUUCGGGAGGACUGUGUGCGCCUGCCUCCCUAUAAUUUCGUGAAAAACUUGAAUAUCAUCAGCCCGAAUUUGGGAAAAGUCAUUAUUGUGGACAAUUCACCGGCGAGCUAUGCUCUCCAGGCAGCCAACGCUCUGCCAAUCGACGCUUGGUACGAUGACCCAUUCGAUGAGGAGCUGCUUAACCUUUUACCGGUGCUUCGUAGCCUGAGUAUUCUGGAAGAUGUCCGCAGUGUACUUGGUUUACGCUUAACGCGAGGUUCAUUGAUCAGUCGAUAUAAACCGCUCGUUGCGAUGUAG